UCUUCUUCCCUUUGUUUCUUCCAUCUUUUUCUCCCUCGUCUUUGCCUUUCUUCCUCUGUCACUGAAUUCUCAACCCUAAUCUACUCUCUCUGUCUCUCUCUCUCUCUCACACACACGCUUCCAUUGUCGCCUUUGCGUUUCUCCCCUUCCCUUCUUCUCCCUCUGUUCGUUUAUCAUGUUAAAGGUUGUCUAAUUUCUAUUCAUUUUCUUCCAAUUAGUCCAAUUUCUAUUUUCUCCGCCCUAAUAUCGCCCCCUUUCAUUAUUCAACAACCCUACCUUCAACUGUAAUUCCAAAGCUUCGAUUUUUGGCUCUUCUGCAUUGCAACAUCGAUUUCAAGUGCACAGACAACGGCCCUGGCAUCAGCAUUAGCUUCGCCAUUUGAGAGUAAGAAGCUGCAAUGUAUACAAGUAUAAUCAAUGGAAGAAAUCGGAGAUGGGAUUUGGUCUUUCUGGCAUCUAAACAUUAUGCUAGGUCAAAACUCCAGGAAUAUGGUUGUUCUCGAUCUUUUAGGCAUAUAACUAAAGUAGCAGGCCGCACUUCAAAUCUUGCUUUCAUCAAGAGAUACCCAUUAGAUUCAUUUUCAUCACAGGGGAUUGCUCUGGGAUUUAAUUUUUCCGGUUCAUGUGUGAGGCAUAGUACACAUUUGACUAAUCGUCAAUUACGCUUCUAUAGUUCUGAAAGUGAUGGGAGAAAUACCAGUGAGGAUAAACAAGCAUCUGGAAAAGAUGGGGUCAACUUUGAUAAUGGAAAGGCUCAGCGGGAAGUGGCUAAGGAAGAAGCAGUUCACUCCAAUGCACAUGCUCGGCUUGCAGAACAGGAUCAAAAGGAAUGGCUUCACAAUGAGAAGCUUGCGAUAGAAAGUAAAAGGAAGGAAUCUCCAUUUUUGUCUAGACGUGAAAGGUUUAAAAAUGAAAUUUUGCGGAGGGUUAUUCCAUGGGAGAGAAUACAUGUUUCUUGGGAGACUUUUCCUUACUAUAUUAAUGAGAAUACCAAAAGUGUUUUGGUGGAAUGUGUUGCAUCCCAUUUGAAACAUAAGAAAUUCACUGCUUCCUAUGGGGCUCGUUUGACGUCUUCAAGUGGGAGAAUAUUGCUUCAGAGUGUUCCAGGUACUGAGCUUUAUCGCGAGAGAGUAGUCAGAGCACUUGCACGAGAUCUGCAAGUUCCUUUAGUUGUUCUUGAUAGCAGCGUCCUUGCUCCUUUUGAUUUUGGUGAUGAUUGCUCAUCAGAAUCUGAAUCGGAGGAUAAUACAGGAUCUGCGGAGGAGUGUACCUCAGAGUCAGAGGUAGAGGAUGAGAAUGACACAGUUAAUGAAGAGGAUUGGACAAGCAGUGCUGAGGCAAAAUCUGAUUGCAGUGACGAUGAUGUGGUUGAUGUGCAGGCAACUGCUGAAGCAGCUCUUAAGAAGCUUAUUCCUUACAAUCUUGAAGAUUUUGAGAAGAGAGUAUCUGGAGAAUCAGAUAGUUCCCUGGAAGGUUCUAGGCCUGAGGCUGCCGAGUCUUCUGAUUCCUCCAAACGCCCACUCAAGAGAGGUGAUCGUGUGAAGUAUAUAGGCCCUUCUGUGUGUAUUGAAGCUAAUGACAGGAUCAUAUUGGGCAAGAUACUGACAUCUGAUGGUCUGAAAAAUGCAUAUACUACUAUGCGUGGCAGGCCUUUGGCAAGUGGUCAACGUGGGGAGGUUUACGAGGUGAAUGGAGAUCGCGUUGCUGUUAUUUUGGAUUUUACUUGCGACAGCAAUGCAAAUGUAGAAAGGGAUGAAAAGGUUAAAGAGGAGCCUGCAAAAGCACCAGUUUAUUGGAUAGAUGUUAAGGACAUUGAGCAUGAUGCUGACACAGAAUCAGAAGAUUGCUACAUUGCGAUGGAGGCUCUGUGUGAGGUUGUGCAUUCCAUGCAACCUCUUAUUGUGUAUUUUCAAGAUUCAUCUCUGUGGUUGUCUAGGGCAGUUCCCAAGUCAAAUCGCAAGGAUUUUGUCCAGAAGGUGCAAGAAAUGUUUGACAAAAUAUCAGGUCCAGUUGUAUUGAUAUGCGGCCAGAACAAAGUAGAAACAGGGUCAAAGGAGAGAGAGAAUUUUACAAUGAUACUCCCCAAUUUUGGUCGUCUGGCUAAGCUGCCGCUCUCUUUGAAGCAACUUACUGAGGGACUCAGAGUGACAAAGAGGUCUGAUGACAACGAAAUAUAUAAGAUCUUCACUAAUGUUCUGUCCAUACAUGCUCCAAAGGAGGAAGAUCUUCUUAGAACAUUCAAUAAACAGAUUGAAGAGGACAGGAGAAUUGUAAUAUCUAGAAGCAAUUUAAAUGAAUUAUAUAAGGUCCUUGAAGAAAAUGAAAUGUCUUGCAUGGACCUAUUGCAUGUAAAUACUGAUGGUGUAGUUCUGACAAAGCAGAAAGCUGAAAAAGUUGUUGGUUGGGCUAAGAAUCAUUACCUGUCAUCUUGCUUGCUUCCAUCCAUAAAAGGAGAAAGAUUGAUUUUGCCUCGUGAAAGCCUUGAAAUUGCAAUUGUAAGGUUGAAGCAGCAAGAAUCCAUAUCACAAAAGCCAUCACUAAAUUUGAAGAGCCUUGCAAAGGAUGACUAUGAGAGUAACUUUGUUUCAGCUGUUGUACCACCUGGUGAAAUUGGUGUAAAAUUUGAUGACAUAGGUGCCCUUGAAGAUGUAAAGAAGGCAUUGAAUGAACUUGUCAUUCUUCCUAUGAAGAGACCGGAGCUUUUUUCUCGUGGAAAUUUGCUGCGGCCUUGCAAAGGAAUAUUACUUUUUGGGCCUCCUGGAACUGGGAAAACGCUUCUUGCCAAAGGACUUGCUACAGAGGCCGGUGCAAACUUCAUCAGCAUAACUGGUUCAACUCUUACAUCAAAGUGGUUUGGAGAUGCUGAGAAGCUUACGAAGGCUUUAUUUUCCUUCGCAAGCAAACUGGCUCCUGUCAUUAUAUUUGUUGAUGAGGUGGACAGUUUGCUUGGUGCUCGUGGUGGUGCUUUUGAGCAUGAGGCUACUAGAAGAAUGAGAAAUGAAUUUAUGGCAGCAUGGGAUGGUUUGAGGACGAAAGACAGCCAAAGAAUUCUCAUUCUUGGUGCCACAAAUCGGCCAUUUGAUCUUGAUGAUGCUGUAAUUCGCCGCUUACCUAGAAGAAUAUAUGUGGAUCUCCCGGAUGCGGAAAACCGUAAGAAGAUCCUGAAAAUAUUUCUUGCCCAAGAGAAUUUAGAACCUGGUUUUCAGUUUGACAAACUAGCAAGUGCAACUGAGGGAUAUUCUGGUAGCGAUUUGAAGAACCUCUGUAUUGCUGCAGCAUAUAGACCUGUCCAGGAACUUCUAGAAGAAGAGAAGAAGGGUGGUAAAGGUGACGUACCUUCAGCUUUAAGGUCCCUUAAUCUGGAUGAUUUCAUUGAGUCAAAAGCAAAGGUGGGUCCAUCCGUCGCCUAUGAUGCUGCAACCAUGAAUGAGCUUCGGAAAUGGAACGAACAAUAUGGAGAAGGUGGAAGCAGGAGAAGAUCACCCUUUGGUUUCUGAAGCCAUGCUCCGAUCAGGUAGCUUUUUCACACAACGUAUAAUAUUCUUUGGGGGAAAUUUUGAAGAAUGAAAGGAAACUAUUACAGCUAGGGAGGCUGCACAGGAAGCUCUGUUCUGAUGAUAAUACAAGUUAACUAAAUGAAAUCAUUCCCUGUAGAAUAUAACCUUCCCCCAAUUUUGUAGGUUAAUGUCAUGUGAGCCAUCAGCCAUUUUUAAUUUUAAUUAAUUUCUGUUGUAACUGUUUCUUGUUAAAUAAUUUAUAUUUAAAUGUUCAAUAUAAUGAUUAGAUAGGAUUUAUAUUAGACGAAUUGUGAUAGAUAGCUCAAAGUUAAAGGGGCUUAUCGUCAAGGACUUAAAGGUAGAUGUUGAGAAGAUGAUGUCCAAUUUUUGGUUGUAUUAUUAUUAUUUGGGAAAUGGCAAAGGAUUUUAUAACUUUAAGCA